CCCCAGCACAAAGCUGCGCGCUCGGAUGCUGCGCUCACCGUACCACCGCGCACAGCAAACGAGGGGUCUCAAACAUGUAGAGCCAACAUCGUGCAUCCGGCAAUGCUGCGGCGCCUUCCACCUAUUUAUUAACAGCAAAAGGCACCCACUGUAAUAGUAACAUCUAAAGCCUUUUCGAAUGACAAAUCAAUUUACUAAUUGAGGCAGGAAUUUUAAUAUUGUCUCUCCAUCACUGUUUUCCUCUGCAUAUGCUAAACUCGGCACAGGCAAUUGCACUAUUUUAGGGACCUGCGUUUUAUCAACUGCUAAAAACAGAUAUCGUUUCGAGGUCUUUUCAACGCUGGAUCAUUAAACUACAACAACUACUGUUGUUUAUUUUCCUCCGAUUCGAAAAGAUAAAUACUGGAUUUUUUCUUGCCUCCCUGAUAACGUCCUUGGACCAUGGCCUGGUUCCAGGUAGCUGUGACACCCAGUUGUUCUAAACCCUGACCCCUGACCUCUGAUCCCUUCCUCCCCUGACUUGUUAGCCCUCCUAUCCCUCAUUCCAAGUAUUUGGAUGCCAGCUGCUGUCAAUUUCUCGACACCCCCCCCCUCCUCUUCCCAAAUAUCAAUGGAUGGGGACCACCCCCACACUUCUGUUUGAUGAACCACCUGUGGGGGGGGGAAAGAGAAAGAAGAGACGGACUAACGGGGAAAAGAGACAGGACAAACACUGGAGGAAAAAAAUUGCCAAGAACAUAAAGAGGACAGGAGUGGGAGAAGAGAAAUAAAAUAAAAAUCAAUUAGAAAAAUAUUCUGCCCCCCUCCCCUAACCCGCCCAAGAAAUAAUGUAAAAAAAGAAUCAUUCAAAGAAAGCAAACUUUAAAAAACGGAACUGAGAGAGAAGAGAGCAGAACAUUUUUGUCUUUUCACGUAGUCAUGGGGGAUUUAACCAACAGUGCAGUGGAAUUCUGCCCCAAGAGCCAGCGAGGCAGCGGAGCGGUCAGUGGAGGCACGGAGCCCAAUCAUGGAGCUGCUUUUGGAGCCACCCUGGAGGAGCUGCGGGGGCUAAUGGAGCUGAGGGGAGCGGAGGCUCUGCAGAAGAUCCAGGAUGCUUACACUGACACAGAGGGGCUGUGUCGCACACUCAGGACCUCCCCCACUGAGGGUUUAUCAGACAACCCAGCAGACCUUGAGAAGCGCCGGCAGGUGUUUGGACAGAACUUCAUCCCUCCGAAGAAGCCCAAGACCUUCCUGCAGCUGGUAUGGGAGGCCCUGCAGGAUGUCACACUCAUUAUCCUGGAGACUGCAGCCAUGAUCUCCCUUGCCCUGUCCUUCUACCAGCCCCCGGGGGCAGAGAGCGAAGUGUGCGGGAACGUGUCUGCGGGUGCAGAAGAUGAGGGUGAGUCAGAGGCUGGUUGGAUUGAAGGUGCAGCCAUCCUGCUGUCAGUCAUUUGUGUGGUGCUGGUAACAGCCUUCAAUGACUGGAGCAAAGAGAAACAGUUCCGCGGGCUGCAGAGCCGCAUUGAGCAGGAGCAACGCUUCGCAGUGGUUCGCAAUGGCAACGUCAUCCAGAUCCCUGUGGCGGAGAUGGUGGUGGGCGAUGUGGCGCAAGUCAAAUACGGCGACCUCCUGCCAGCAGAUGGGAUCCUGAUCCAAGGCAACGACCUGAAGAUUGAUGAGAGCUCACUGACCGGAGAGUCUGACCACGUACGCAAGUCUGCGGACAAAGACCCCAUGCUGCUGUCCGGCACUCAUGUGAUGGAGGGCUCUGGCAGAAUGGUGGUCACUGCUGUAGGAGUAAACUCUCAAACUGGGAUCAUCUUCACUCUGCUAGGAGCAGGAGAGGGGGAGGAGGAGAAGGAGAAGAAAGGGAAGCAGCAGGAUGGAUCAGUGGAAAGCACCCAGAAUAAAGCUAAGAAGCAAGAUGGGGCUGUUGCCAUGGAGAUGCAGCCACUUAAGAGUGCAGAAGGCGGGGAGGUUGAGGAGAAAGAGAAGAAGAAAGCCAAUGUGCCAAAAAAGGAGAAGUCAGUCCUUCAAGGGAAACUAACCAAACUGGCAGUGCAGAUUGGGAAAGCAGGUCUGGUGAUGUCAGCCAUCACAGUGAUUAUCCUAGUGCUGUACUUUGUGAUCGAGACCUUUGUAAUUGAGGGGCGGGUGUGGCUGGCAGAGUGCACACCUGUGUACGUGCAGUACUUCGUCAAGUUCUUCAUCAUUGGAGUCACCGUUCUGGUGGUGGCUGUGCCUGAGGGCCUUCCUUUGGCUGUCACCAUAUCCCUGGCCUACUCUGUAAAGAAAAUGAUGAGGGACAAUAACCUUGUCCGUCACUUAGAUGCCUGCGAGACAAUGGGAAAUGCGACAGCCAUCUGCUCUGACAAGACAGGAACGCUGACCACUAACCGCAUGACUGUGGUCCAGGCCUACCUGGGUGACCAGCACUUCCAUGAGAUCCCUGACCCCAGCCAAGUCAACCCCAGGACCCUGGAGCUGCUGGUUAGCGCUAUUGCAGUUAACAGCGCCUACACGUCCAAGAUCAUGCCCCCAGAGAAGGAGGGGGGGCUGCCCAAACAAGUGGGCAAUAAGACAGAGUGUGCCCUUCUUGGGUUUGUCCUGGACCUGGGGAGAGACUAUGCCCCUGUGAGAGAGCAAGUUCCAGAGGAGAAGCUGUAUAAGGUCUACACCUUCAACUCAGUCCGCAAGUCCAUGAGCACUGUGCUGCAGCUACCUGAUCGCUCCUUUCGACUUUACAGCAAGGGAGCCUCUGAAAUACUGCUCAAGAAGUGUACCUCCAUCUUGGCUGCAGGGGGUGAACCACGUAGUUUCCGUCCCCGGGACCGGGAGGAGAUGGUAAAAAAGGUGAUUGAGCCCAUGGCUUGUGAUGGCCUGCGGACUAUUUGUAUCGCCUACCGGGACCUGCCUGCCAACCCUGAGCCUGACUGGGAUAACGAGGCGGACAUUGUCACUGACCUUAUCUGCAUCACCGUGGUUGGCAUUGAGGAUCCUGUCCGGCCUGAGGUUCCAGAUGCCAUCCGGAAAUGCCAGCGGGCAGGAAUCACUGUGCGCAUGGUGACGGGUGACAACAUCAACACAGCGCGUGCUAUCGCUGCUAAGUGUGGCAUCAUACAGCCGGGAGAUGACUUCCUUUGCCUGGAGGGCAAGGAUUUCAACCGACGAAUCAGGAAUGAGAAAGGAGAGAUUGAGCAGGAGCGGAUUGAUAAAAUCUGGCCAAAACUGCGAGUCCUGGCCCGAUCCUCUCCUACAGACAAACACACCCUUGUAAAAGGCAUCAUUGACAGCACCAUUGUGGAGCAACGGCAGGUGGUGGCUGUGACAGGGGAUGGAACCAAUGAUGGACCAGCUCUUAAGAAGGCGGAUGUGGGCUUUGCCAUGGGCAUAGCAGGCACUGAUGUGGCAAAGGAGGCCUCUGACAUCAUCCUGACAGAUGAUAAUUUCUCCAGCAUUGUGAAGGCGGUGAUGUGGGGGAGGAACGUAUAUGACAGCAUCUCCAAGUUCCUGCAGUUCCAGCUCACAGUCAACGUGGUGGCCGUCAUAGUGGCAUUUACCGGAGCCUGCAUCACACAGGACUCCCCUCUAAAAGCGGUGCAAAUGCUGUGGGUGAAUCUGAUCAUGGACACCUUUGCCUCUCUGGCACUGGCCACCGAGCCACCCACCGAGUCCCUGCUGCUGCGCAAACCCUACGGCCGCAACAACCCUCUUAUCUCCCUCACCAUGAUGAAGAACAUCCUGGGUCAUGGCAUUUACCAGCUCAUCAUCAUCUUCACCCUGCUAUUCGUAGGGGAGAAGUUCUUCGAUAUUGACAGCGGGCGUAAUGCACCCUUGCACUCCCCCCCCUCUGAGCACUACACCAUUAUCUUCAACACGUUCGUGCUCAUGCAGCUCUUCAACGAGAUCAACGCCCGCAAGAUCCACGGCGAGAGAAAUGUUUUCGAUGGAAUCUUUGCCAACCCCAUUUUCUGCAGUAUUGUUUUGGGGACAUUCGCAGUGCAGAUUGUGAUUGUGCAGUUUGGGGGAAAGCCUUUCAGCUGCACCCCCCUCAGCGUGGAGCAGUGGCUCUGGUGUUUGUUUGUUGGGGUGGGGGAGCUGCUGUGGGGACAGGUGAUCGCCACAGUGCCUACCAGCCACCUGAAAUGCCUGAAGGAGGCAGGCCAUGGGCCAGGCACGGAUGUGAUGACAGAUGAUGACCUGGCUGAGGACGAGGAGGAGAUCGACCAUGCAGAGCGGGAGCUUCGCCGGGGACAGAUCCUCUGGUUCCGGGGCCUCAACCGCAUCCAGACUCAGAUGGAGGUAGUGAGUACCUUCAAGAGAAGUGGUUCGUUUCAGGGUGCAGUGCGGCGGCGCUCCUCACUUCUGAGCCAGCUCCAUGAUGUAACCAAUAUUUCCACCCCCACUCACGUAGUUCUCUCCACUGCCAAUGCAACCGGGGCUCCCGGGAGUGAGUGUUCGCUUUCCUUCAACUGCACACAUACAGAACACUACACACAACAUACGCGUGUGUGAACCGCAAGCAUCACCAUACAGACACGCACACAAGCCUCCCCUGCCUGCACUUUGACUAAUCAGGGAAAUGAGAAGUCUUUGAGGGUUGGGAUGAUGGGAUGGGGGGUGUUAACACAGAAGGCACAGGGAGUACCAGUGUCCUUUUUUAAUUUUCGUUUGUGUUCCCCUUGUUCAUUUUGGCAGUUAUUUGUGCAUUCCUCUGAUCCUCGUUAGUGUGUCGGCUCAUUUGGUUGUUUAUUGUUUUCCUUUCACUUCCUUCUGCCUCUCAGUCUCUCCGUUUGGUCCUCUUUGGCGAUUUUCUGUGUUCUGUUUUUGUCUUGAGCUGUCUGGAGCAGACGAUCCAUACUCUCUCUGCGUUUCUCUGAUUAGUCAUAUGAAAAUCAGAGACUAAAAGUUAUAGGAAACCUGAGAUCCUGCUAUUUUAAAAAACUAUGGUUCAUACAGUACUUAAAGCCUGCUUUUACGAUUGGGUUUCCCCAUGGUAUUAGAGUCUUGUGGAGAGCGGAGGAACUGUCUCCAUCUCCUUUGUUUAAUCUAUAAUAACCUACAAUGGUCUGCAAGCUGCAAAGUUUACUCUCAGAUAGAAUUGUGUGUUUAGUUUGCUGAGAGCUGUGGAUAUUUACAAAUUCAUACUCAAAGUGAGGUUACAACGGGACUCAGCACAGUUGCCUCUCCCUGUAGAGAACAUAUUUGCCCAAGCAGGAGUUAAACAUCUCACAUGGAUAACAGGCCUCACUGUGAAAAAUUAUGCAGACUAACAAACCUCUCCUACACAGUUAGUAGAACUUUAGUGUCACUUUUCCCUUUCAAAUCAUCUCCCAGGCUGGUAUGUAAGGUGAGAGGAGGUGGAUGUUUUUGGUGCCUCCAUUCUUGAAGAAACUUGCAUAUACACCCAUCCAACUCAUUAAUGGGUAUAGCUAAGUAUAUGUACAAUUAUCUUGUUUCUGUAGCACA